AGACACUGAAGAUUGGACUACUUCCCCGCCGCGUCCUUAGUACUUAUUGCGGAUCCCGGAUCUCUCCUGCUCAUCUCUACUAUCCUGUGUCGGCUCCCUUGAUCUUCGCCGGGUACCUCCAGACCCCCAGGGCGGACGGAGUCGGGGCCCCUUCGAGAGUGGACCCUCGGACCAAGCUGAACGCGCCAUGAGGCUGCAGGCGCUCGAUCUCCGGUUACUGGUGCUGCUGCUGGUUCUUCUGCUUCAGCCUGUGUAUGGGACUCCCAGGGCGCAGGACAUGAGCCUGGGCGUGGACUGGCUGACUCGCUAUGGCUACCUGCCUCCGGCUGAUCCUUCCCAAGCCCAGCUGCAGAGCCUUGAGAAGCUGCAGGAUGCGAUCAAAGUCAUGCAGAGAUUUGCCGGCCUGCCUGAGACAGGUCAAAUGGACACAGAAACAAUAGCUGCCAUGCACAAGCCCCGCUGCUCCCUGCCUGAUAUCCUGGGGGCUGCUGAGCUGGUCAGGCGCCGCCGUCGCUAUGCUCUGAGUGGCAGCGUAUGGAAGAAGCGCACCCUGACAUGGAGUAUCCAGUCCUUCCCUCAGAGCUUCCAGUCGAGCCAGUCGAUCGUGCGGGCCCUCAUGAGUCACGCCCUGGCUGUCUGGGCUGUUGAGUCAGGCCUUACCUUCCAGGAGGUAGAUUCUCAACAUCAGGAGCCCGACAUCCUUAUCCAUUUUUCCCGGGGCUAUCACCAAGACAGUUACCCCUUUGAUGGACCUGGUGGCACCCUGGCUCAUGCCUUCUUCCCUGGAGAGCACCCCAUCUCUGGAGACACUCACUUCGAUGAUGAGGAGACCUGGACUUAUGGGUCACAAGGUGCAUUGCCUGGUGCCUCUGAAGCCAGAAGAGAAUGAGGAACUGGCAUUAAAUAUGGUGUGAUCGAUCAUGUGGUUUCUGGGAAUCGAGGCUGGAUCCUGUGGAAGCUCAGCCAGUGCUCCUAAUCGCUAAACUGCCUCUCCAGUCCCCAGCCCCUCCCAGACCCCUAAAAAGCACUUAAAAAGAAGUUUUUGCUUUUGUUUUUGA